UCUCUCCCCGCCCACAUCCCUCAGCCGUCUCCUCCCCCCUCCGCCCCUCUGUCCUCUCCCCUUCCGCCUUUGAUCUGAUCCUCACGCCACCAGCGCGCAAUCAACGGUCCCGAUCCGCCCAUGUCCUCAUACGACGACUACGGAGUCAAUGACGGAGCUGGCGACUACGGGAUAUCCUACCAACAAGAUGUCGGCUACGACCUUGAUGGCGACCAUGAGGUGUGCCCGUCGGUGGCUGCCGGUGGCAACACCACCCUUGACGACCGCCCACGUAUCUUGCUGAUGGGCCUCCGGUGCUCCGGUAAGUCUUCCAUUCAGAAGGUUGUCUUCCACAAGAUGUCCCCCAAUGAGACCCUCUUCCUGGAGUCCACCAGCAAGGUGGUCCGCAGCGAUGUGUCACACUCGUCCCUGGUCCAGUUCCAGGUGUGGGACUUUCCCGGACAGAUUGACUUUUUCGACCCCUCCUUCGACGCGGCGCGUAUCUUCAGCAAUUGCGGGGCUCUGGUCUUCGUGAUUGACGCGCAGGAUGAGUACAUCGAGGCUCUGAGCCGUCUGCAUGCCACGGUGGUCCGGGCAUACCGGGUCAAUCCGAACAUCGCCUUCGAGGUGUUCAUCCACAAGGUGGACGGGCUGAAUGAUGAGAUCAAGGCGGAGACACAGCAUGACAUUCAGCAGCGUGCCACGGAUGAGCUGGCUGACUCGCACCUGGACACCAUCCAUCUGGCCUUCCAUCUGACCUCCAUUUAUGACCAUUCCAUCUUCGAGGCCUUCUCCAAGGUGGUGCAGAAGCUCAUCCCCCAGCUGCCGACCCUGGAGAAUCUGCUCAACCACCUGUGCUCGAACUCCGGCAUCGAGAAGGCCUUCCUCUUUGAUGCGGUGUCGAAGAUUUACAUUGCCACCGACUCCUCGCCGGUGGACAUGCAAACGUAUGAGCUAUGUAGCGACAUGAUUGACGUCGUGCUGGAUAUGGCGUGCAUUUAUGGCGCGCCCGACUUGGCCGAUCCCUUCUCGAUGGAGGCCGGAGCCGGGGCCCUGCCGGAUGCCGGGCAUCAGGCCCCCGACACCGGGUCGGAGGGCGUGCACCCCCCGGAUCACCACCACCACCACCAUCACCACCACCAUCACCACCACCACUCCUCGCAUGCGCAUGGCGCCCUGCAUGAUCACCAUCACAAUCACCACCACCAUGGCCAUUCGGACCUGGACCUGGGCUUUGACGAUGAUCCCUCUGAUGCGGGGAAGAGGUCCAGCUCGACGGAUGCCCUUGCGGCUCAGCUCCAGCAUACCGGUCUUUCUGGCUCGGACGCGGUGGGUGGCUCGGCCACCGGCGGCGGCGAGCCCGACGCCGACGCCCCGGAGUACAACCCCUCGAGUGCCGAUGCGCAAAUCCAACUGAGCAAUGGCAUGACCCUGCUUCUGCGUGAGGUGAAUCGCCACUUGGCGCUGGUGGGACUGGCCCGGUCGGACGCCCUGUCCGGGCGCCAGGGCCUGGUGGACUACAACAUCGAGCGCUUCCGCACGGCGGUUGGCGAUGUGCUGGCUGCGCGGGCAUCCCGCGGCCCGAAUGCCCUGACCAAGACGGUCCUCAGCUCUAACAACUGA